GCUACUAAACAUUAAAAUUGUUGGUUACAGAUAAUUUCCGAAUCCAAUUCGUUGUGUAUUUCGAGGAGCGAGAAGUGCAGUUUCAUUCAUAAUUUGGUGGAAUCUAUCAGAAGGGUAUUUCGCUUUUCGGAAUCUCGCUCUCUCGAGACGGAGAAUCCAAUCUUCAUUAAAGACUGAUUCUGGAUAAUAGCUGCAGGAAGGGUCUAAAAUGGCGGCAAUAACCAAUAUUCAGUACCCGUCGGCCCAAUUCAGUACGCAAAUCUUGGGAAGUUACAGCAACUUCUUGUUUGGCGGUGCAGGAGGCGAUCGAGAACAGGCUCAAAAAAAGACCCUCCGCCUGACUCUACCGACCAUCGAAUAUGGUGAUACCUACAAUAGAUACAGCCUCAAUGCAUCAGAAUUUCACGGAACCCCUCGCAAGAUGUACAACCAACAUGUCAACUCCUUAUGCAGCGAGAACAUCCAAGCACCCCUCGGCAACCAAGAUCCGCCGAAAACAGCCGAAACGCUCGGAAAGACUUCGGAAAACGUACCGACGUCGCUGCCACCAUGUAACUUGGCAACGUCACCAACAAAAGGUUCUACGGCACACAUGAUAUACAAGCAAUACAGGCAGUUGUUCACCAGCAGGGGUGGUGCUGAAAAUAGCGAAGACAGAUACGUCCAUUCUACGAAGAAUAGCCGAAAGUUGCCGGACUUUCCCGGAGUCAGGGCGAGUCCAGCGCCGAUGUGCGAUCGGCGAGAGGAGCAAGUCAAACGCAAAUCGGCCAAAAUGACUCGGUGCGACGUCCGAUGGUAUCCGAACACAGCCGAAACCAUCACGCAGAACUGGGACCGCACGUUUACGUAUUCGGAUACCGACGUUACAUUUCGGGAACGGGUAACCGGAUCUCCAUCGAAAGUUCUAUCCACUGUAAUUCAACUGCCGACUAUUUUUAGUGACAAGACAACAUCGAGGGACAAAUACAUCGUGAAAUGGUUGCAUUCGGUUCCGGAUAAUAAUCCGUACUCGCAUAGCCGAUGUAACAGUAGAAUGGAUAGGAAACUUGCUACUCCAAUGUCACUCAAAUCAGUCGAUUCUUAUUUCAUUGACACGAGUAUGCAUGCAAAGCCCUCAGCUUAUUCCCCCUAGCUGAGAUCGGACGAUAUAAAUGCAUGCGAAGUACAAUUUAUAGUUGGAGUU